GGGUCAGUCACAUGACUGUGGAGUACCAAGAUGGCGCCGGACUGAGCGGAAGUGACAGACAGAGCGGACAGAAGGAGACAAUACACCGGAGGAGUUUCUGCUACUGGACUGUCCGGGGGGUUUUCAGGUGCCUUGACUGGGGAAAAAAAUGGCGUUACGGCACAGCGUCGGCGACGCGACCCCCUUCCUUGCCCAGGCGGAUGACACGGAGGAGGAGGAGCGCUCCAGGGGCCUGGAGACACAGAAGGUGGAUGAUGAAGAGGAAGAUGAUGAGAGGGGAGAUGGAGACGUACACCUACUGACCGGGAUCUCCUACAGGCACUCCGUCACUAUAGUGCUGAUUCUCUUCUACAUCAACCUCCUCAACUACAUGGACCGCUUCACUGUGGCUGGAGUGCUUCCCAAUAUUGAGGACGCCUUCAAGAUCCAAGACAGCCAAUCAGGAUUGGUACAGACAGUAUUCAUUGCCAGUUAUAUGGUGCUGGCGCCUGUAUUUGGUUAUCUUGGCGACCGCUACAACAGGAAGUACAUAAUGUGCUGUGGGAUUUCCUUUUGGUCCAUUAUCACCCUCUGCAGCUCCUUCAUACCUAAAGAGUAUUACCCCCUGUUCCUUCUCACACGAGGCCUGGUUGGAGUUGGAGAAGCCAGUUAUUCCACCAUCGCCCCCACCAUCAUCGCCGACCUCUUCGUGGCAGACCAGCGCAGCCGAAUGCUCUCCAUUUUCUACUUCGCCAUACCAGUUGGCUGCGGCCUCGGCUACAUUGCAGGAUCCCAGGUGACCAAAACAGCAGGUGGAGACUGGCACUGGGCACUACGGGUCACCCCAGGACUGGGCCUUAUAGCUGUUCUGCUGCUGAUCUUUUUUGUGAAGGAGCCUCCUAGGGGCGCUGUGGAGAGGAAAUCUGAAAGAUCCCUCACCCGCACUUCAUGGUGGUCCGACAUCAAGGAACUGCUGAAAAACCGUAGCUUUGUGCUGUCCACGUUCGGAUUCACCACUGUGGCUUUUGUCACCGGCGCCCUGGCUCUCUGGGGCCCCACCUACCUGAUGCGGGCUCGGGCUGUACUGUAUGCCGAUCAGCAGUGUGACCAACCUAUAUGUAACUAUAAAGACAGCUUUCUCUUCGGGGGCAUCACAGUGGUGACCGGGCUGUUGGGUGUCGCAUCCGGUGUGGAGAUUAGUAAACGUUACCGUAAAAUAAACCCUCGCGGAGAUCCUAUAGUCUGUGCCUGCGGCCUUCUUGGCUCCGCCCCUUUCCUGUAUCUUUCCCUGGUCUUUGCAGACACCAGCCUUGUGGCCACCUAUAUAUUUAUAUUCAUUGGAGAAACUCUUCUGUCCCUGAACUGGGCCAUCGUCGCUGAUAUCUUACUGUAUGUAGUGAUCCCCACAAGGCGUUCCACAGCCGAGGCCUUGCAGAUCAUGUUGUCCCACUUGCUGGGUGAUGCCGGGAGCCCCUACCUCAUCGGGGUGAUAUCUGAUGCUGUACAACGCGGUAAGCCAGACUCCUUCCUCCUGAAGUUCCGCAGCCUGGAGUAUGCACUCAUGCUGUGCUCGUUCGUAGGGGCAAUCGGUGGAGCUUUCUUCCUGGCCACUGCCCUAUUCGUCGAGAAGGACCGAAAGCGGGCAGAGUUGAUUUCUCAAGGCCUUGAAACAGAAGAUGACAGCCCCGAAGACAAAAUUGUGGUCCCAAAACGAGGACGCUCCACCAAGGUGCCGGUGUCCAGUGUUCUCAUAUAAACUGCUCUGGGCUUUGAAGCCCUCAGGAUUGGUCCAAUGUGGCGCUUUGUUGUCCUCCACCGACCAGAAGAAGCUCCCCCAUGGUGGGGACAACCUGUGUCUUCUCUGCCUGCUCACUCAGAUGGCUCACGUUUUGUGGACGGUUUUUGACCAAGCAGUCGGGAGAAUGUGAAAUUGUACUUGACUUGAAAGGUGAACGGUGGCCAAGCCUCCAUCUUUGACUUUUUUUUUUACCAUCUUCACCUUCCAGGAAUUUGGUUUUUCAAGAUAAUUUAUUUUGACUUUUUUUUUCUUUUAGGCAAUACGUUUUCAAAUGGGAUAUGUUAUUCAUAUUUUAUAAUUCAUCGUUUUUUUUGUUUUAAUUUUUAACAGACCGGCAUUUUUGCACAGUAAUUGCUUGUAAUAUUAAAAGGUCACUGGAGGGUGCAGGUCCUUGAAGGCCAUGAAAACACUGCAGCAAAUGGAAACAAGGACAUGAGAAAUGAGAGAAA